GAAAUCUCACGCAUAUAUUUGCAGCGCAACAUUGCAGCUGGUGCUUUCAGCUCUGACAAUGGCUGAAUACGUGACGAAGACCAUGGUACUCCCUCGGGCAGCAUCAUUUGUGAUCAUUAUGUUGGUCAAUGGAUCUGCCAGAAGGUGUCCUUCUUGCGGCAGCAACCAGUCAAUACUGACAUGUUGCACAUCACUUCCAUGUGGGCCUAGGUAGACCGUAUUAACCACACACUGCGCGUCACAACCGCCGCUUAUCGUUUGAAAUUGCGUAGUUCAGAAACGAAUUGCCUCGAAAAAUGUUGCUUUACCA